CUCUAUAGAUGCCGAUUUCAAUAUAUUGGUAUGAAUGAUACAGAGGAAAGGAGGGACUGGCUGGCUGAACUGGUUUACCGGGAACUGGAUAUUAUAAGAGACUAUGUGGGGAUCCUGCGAUUUGAGGAUCAUCGUAGGGCAGAAAUGCUGGCACGUGCCCAAAAUGUAUUCUGUUGUGAGCGGGCAAAGCCAGUUCUGGGUGCAGUCGGCCCCAGAGAUUCUCAUUCUCACCCGAGUUCAAUCAGUGCUGGGGUGGGAGAGGAACAAAAGACCUCACAAAUUACUACAAUUUAUGGCCCUGGAGAACCAGGACCUACUGAUGUGUGUAACCUGAGGCAAGGAGAUGUUACACAGGAGAUGCCUGCUGCGGCCUCCCCCAGUGAAGUCCCUGGGUGUGUGGAGUCCGGGUGCUGUGUGAUCCCUGGGCUGGCAGAACCUGAGAGUGGGGAAUUGGCAGAGGCUGAGGCCUCCCCCAGUGAAGUCCCUGUGUGUGUGGAGUCCGGGUGCUGUGUGAUCCCUGGGCUGGCAGAACCUGAGAGUGGGGAAUUGGCAGAGGCUGCGGCCUCCCCCAGUGAAGUCCCUGUCUGUGUGGAGUCCGGGUGCUGUGUGAUCCCUGGGCUGGCAGAACCUGAGAGUGGGGAAUUGGAAGAGGCUGAGGCCUCCCCCAGUGAAGUCCCUAAUUGUGUGGAGUCCGGGUGCUGUGUGAUCCCUGGGCUGGCAGAACCUGAGAGUGGGGAAUUGGCAGAGGCUGAGGCCUCCCCCAGUGAAGUCCCUAAUUGUGUGGAGUCCGGGUGCUGUGUGACUCCUGGGCUGGCAGAACCUGAGAGUGGGGAAUUGGCAGAGGCUGAGGCCUCCCCCAGUGAAGUCCCUGUCUGUGUGGAGUCCGGGUGCUGUGUGAUCCCUGGGCUGGCAGAACCUGAGAGUGGGGAAUUGGCAGAGGCUGAGGCCUCCCCCAGUGAAGUCCCUGUCUGUGUGGAGUCCGGAGUUUCACAAUUUACAAAAAUCUCCAAGGAGGGAAGAGAUGAGGAUUCCCCACUACCUGAGUUGUUGCUGGCUGGAGAGGAACAGGACCAAGAGGAAAGCAUUGCUCAGGAUUCCCCAAUGUCUAUCAGAGCAGUCAGUUCUGGGAAUGGAGUAAGGGGCACCCCAAAAGCACAACGUGUAACCAGGGCAGUUGUUCCGGAAACCCCCUCUGGCAGACAACAAGGCCAGAGAAUUACCCCACAGAGAAAUAAAACACUGGUGAGUCCCCGUGCUGUCCCUACAAUAUCUCCCAGAUGGAGGGGUCCCCCAUUGUGUAAUGUUACAGGGACCGGGGCCUUGAGAGAGGUUGGGUGGAACUUAGAAUUAAAGGAAAAGCAGGGGGGUAAACAUUUGUCUAAUACUCUUUGGGGUCCACUGGUCAUUGGGGUCACUUGA